CUCGUACACUUGGACUUGAGACUCGGUUCAGAGCACUGAAAGCGACUGAGAGUGCAUGUGCUGAAGUGCUCAAAUUCCUUGAAAAUCAAUUGUGCUUCAUUGAUACUAUCAUUGUUCACUUCCUCUGAGACCUCAAAGCAAUGUCGGAACCGACUCCAACCGAGGAGACAAUGGCAAAUAGUGAUUCAGGGUGGAUGUCAUGGUUUACAGCGGAAUUAACCGGAUCUCCUGUGAAUUGUAUCCUCCUGGUGGCCAUCGUCUAUCUUCUGUACAAAAUUUUCAAAUCUGAUGAAGUACCCGGACCUUCCACUCCAAUUGAACCUCCCGUCCCUCCCAUGAAAAAACGGGAUUUCACUCUGAAGGAACUCAAGGAAUUGGGCGAUGGAACAUCCGGGGAAGGUCGCAUCCUCGUGGCCGUUAACGGCAAGGUCUACGAUGUCACAAAGGGCAAGCGAUUUUAUGGCCCAGGUGGUCCCUACUCGUGUUUCGCUGGUCGAGAUGCCUCUCGUGGAUUGGCCACCUUCUCUGUAAGUGCCAUUAAUGAAGAAUACGACGAUCUGUCGGAUCUAAAACCCUCGGAAAUGGAACAAGUUCGUGAGUGGGAGCUCCAGUUCAGUGAAAAAUACACAUAUGUUGGGAAAUUGCUGAAACCCGGCGAGCAGCCCACCAGUUAUUCGGACGAGGAAGAUGAUGACGAAGACGACAUUGAGGAGAUUCCUCGCCAUGAUGAUGUCAACAAAAAAGACCUAUAAAGCGGAGGUUUGGUUUCAGCAGCUCUCGUAUCUAUUCUUCACGCCAUAAUCCGAUCAGAUUGAUUCAACAACAAUAAAUAACCUAAACUUCUGGGGCGUGAAGACUCCAUUUUUGACCGUUGAUGUGGCAUACCGUCCUAUCUCCGUAUUGGUACAGGAAUGGUCAUCCGGUUGAAUGACAAAUAUGUUUUCAUCACAUCACUUGGAAACGAUUAUGCUAUUAUGACGUGUCAUGUGAUUGCCAAAAUUAAAAGAAAUGUUCUCUUA